ACCGACAUCGUGCUUCUAAUGUGACUUGGCUUUUCUUUUUGUUGCACGGUAACGGUUCUUCUCAAUGGAUCCGUCGCCGAUAACCUUGGGACCAACCAUGGACAUGCCAAUCAUGCACGAUAGCGACCGGUACGAUUUCGUCCAAGAGAUUGGGUCCGGGAAUUUCGGGGUGGCCAGGCUGAUGAGAGACAAGCAAACCAAAGAGCUUGUCGCCGUGAAGUAUAUCGAGCGCGGGGAUAAGAUAGAUGAAAAUGUAAAGAGGGAAAUUAUCAAUCACAGGUCUUUGAGACACCCUAAUAUUGUUAGGUUCAAGGAGAUCAUUUUAACGUCUACUCAUUUGGCCAUUGUUAUGGAAUAUGCAUCUGGAGGUGAACUCUUUGAGCGAAUCUGCAAGGCAGGGCGCUUUUCUGAGGAUGAGGCUCGUUUCUUCUUUCAACAACUCAUUUGUGGGGUCAGUUAUUGCCAUGCGAUGCAAGUAUGUCAUCGGGACCUGAAGCUGGAAAACACAUUAUUAGAUGGAAGUGUAGCACCUCGUUUGAAGAUAUGUGAUUUUGGUUACUCCAAGUCAUCAGUGCUUCAUUCACAACCGAGGUCAACUGUGGGAACUCCUGCAUAUAUUGCUCCAGAAGUAUUGCUGAGGCAAGAGUAUGAUGGCAAGAUUGCAGAUGUCUGGUCUUGUGGAGUGACCUUAUAUGUGAUGCUGGUAGGAUCAUAUCCUUUUGAAGAUCCUAAUGAACCAAAGGAUUUUCGAAGGACUAUACAGAGAAUUUUGAGUAUCCAGUACUUCAUUCCAGACUUUGUCCAAAUAUCACCUGAGUGCCGCGACCUUAUCUCUAGGAUAUUUGUUUUUGAUCCUGCAGAGAGAAUCACCAUUCCUGAAAUCUUGAACCACGAAUGGUUUUUGAGGAAUCUCCCCGCAGACCUAAUGGAUGAGAAGAUACUGGGAAACCAAUUUGAAGAGUCAGACCAACCAAUGCAGAGCAUUGACGUGAUCAUGCAGAUAAUUUCAGAAGCUACUAUACCACCAGCUGGGACCCGUUCUUUGGAUCAGUUUAUGGCAGACUUUGAGGGAGAUGAUGGCAUGGAUGAAUUAGAGUCGGACUCUGAGCUUGAUAUUGAGAGUAGUGGGGAGAUAGUGUAUGCCAUGUGAUUUUAAUUCACCCGCUAAAUAGGUGAGAGCAUCGAGAUGAUGAUGGCAUGGCAUGUUGUGCUCAUGGGCUCGGCAAUGUCUGGAAAGAACUAUGUGAUGAAAGCAUUUUCCCAUAGAGUAGAAUGGUUAAUACGCAUAGGAAUAUUGAAUGUUUGUGUGCACCUCGCUGUUGGCGAUGUGUAUAAUAUCUAUCAAUGUCACUUGGAACUUGGAAGAGUAACUUGUUUCCUAGGGGUGAUAAGAGUUGGUGGUCAGGGGAAGAAAUGUUAUCAACCUUGUAUCUCCCGUUUCUCUUCGAUACUUGCCUCAUAUGCUACUAUUUAUGUAUCUAUACUCCCAUGUAAACAGUCUCUAUAAAACAUUUCUAAGCACUGUCGAUGCUUAUAUGCCCUGCA